CGCUCCACCUCGCCCCUGCUCAUAUUGCAGCCGCUCUCAGGUUACACUGCGCCGUCUAAUGCAUUUUGGGAAAUGAAGGUGUGUAGCAACCUAAGGUCAAGACACUAGAGCCCGGCUCCCAUCUCCUGCAGACGGCACCGGGAAUGAGCGGCAUCCUGGCCAGCUGAUGUGCUUCAGACAAGCAGCAUAUGUUAUUUAUGAAGUCAAGGCUGCUGAGAGAGGGAGGGACCUUCAGGAGCUGUUGACUCAGAGCGAGUCAGCCACCAAAACAGAAGUUGUGAAGUAAGAAAGAGGGACGAACGGGCAAGCUCCAGCGUCUAGGAUUACAGAGCGAGAGUACCUGCUCGCUGAGAAUAGUGGAACUGUUUUUUGCCCUCCCUGCCGCGGGCCCCGGAACAGGCAGAGGACAGGGCACACGGGACGCGGGGUACAGGGCAAGAUUAUGGGACAGGUAGAGAGUACUCAGACUUUAAACCCGAACCGUGCCUACAUAACCGAUGUUGAAGUGGAUCAUAGUGUGCCGGAGAGUGAUGGAGCACCUCCAGGAGCAGGAACCCCUGCGGCAAAGGGCAAGGGCAAGUUCUCCAGCCUGGGCAAGAUCUUCAAACCCUGGAAGUGGAGGAAGAAGAGAAGCAGUGACAAGUUUAAGGAGACAUCAGAAGUGCUGGAGAGGAAGAUUUCGACAAGGAAGCCCAGAGAGGAGCUGAUAGAGCGAGGGUUACUGAAGGACAUCCCAGAAAAUAGUACGGCAACCCAGCAUGGUCAUGAGAGUAAUGACAUGAAUCACAAAGCUCCUCCAGUGAAGAACGGCCACACUGCUCCAGUGCCUGGAGAGCGCAGGUCAGAUACAGGCUCAGAGGUCAAGGCGCCAUCUUCACGGCCACAAGGAGAAGAACAGAGGAACAGCCUCGCACCUGAACCGGAGUGCCGCAACCGAGCGCCCUCCGACGUCAGUCGCAACCGUCAGCCGCUGGACGUGGACGCCCGGACGCGGUUACCGCAUGAAACGGACCGACGCAGCCGACUGGAGUCAGACGUGGAGAGACCAGCAGGAUCUUUACCGAGAGAAAGACAAGGACAGGAGGAGGGACGGUAUCGGCGAGAGGAAAGAGAUGAGAAAGCGAGCAGGGACAGAGAACGACGGGAUAGAAGAGAAGACAGGGAAGGAAGAGGCGAACGUAUAGAUGACAGAGACAGACGAGACAAGAGGCCUGAUAAAGAGGACAGGCAUGGAAAAGGUGAUCGAGAUGAACGCGAGAAAGAAAGGCGGAAUGACAGGGAAAAGCGGGAAGAGAAGGACUGGAGAGAAAACAGGGAUAGGAAACAGCCACGAGACAGAAAAGAGGAUCACGAAAGGCGGGAUGAGCCUGAGAGAGUAGACGAGCGAGAGCGAAAGGAGCAGAGCGAAAGGAGGGAAGACAGGGAAAGAAGAGAGGAACGGGAUAGACGCGAGGAGAGAGAAAGGAGAGACGUCAGGAGGCCAGAACCUGUGAAACAGGUGUCUGAUGGGAAACUAAUCCGGCCUCAGUCAGAACAGGACAUGCGGCCCAUUAUUCAGAAGAGCUCGUCUGACAUUGGACAGAAGGUCCGGCCAUUUUCAGAGGCCAUCCAGAGCAGCACACUGCCACGAUACACACCUGCAGAGGAAGAAUCAAGGACACGAACAGGAUCAGUGGGUGUGCGGUUUGUUCCUGAGCCCAAACCUGCACCAAUUACCUCCACUAAAGAGUCCCAGCCGCCCCCUAAACAGGCCAUUCUCCCUCCCAAGUGGCUGAUGGCUGCUUCCUCCUCCUCCACUGAGACUGCUCCAGUCCCAUCUUCAUCCUCCUCCUCUUCAUCAUCAUCCUUUGCUCCCCCCAUUGCUAAGCCUCCUCCUCGGACUGUGUCUUUAAACAUAGAUGACUCUUCCCGCAAUAAUCCCAGUCCUCCCGUAACAGCAGGAGACCGUGAAGUCCCUCCCACUAUUCCCACCCACUCCACUCCUCCCACUGUUCCCGCACACGCCACUCCUCCCACUGUUCCCGCGCACGCCACUGCUCCCACUGUUCCCGCCCACUCCAACCCUCCAGCCCCUACUGCCCCUAAACAGCCGCCAGUGCCCCCUCCCAAACCCACCCAUCACAACAACAACACUGCACUACAAGUGGAUCCCUCUCAAGUCCAGGUCCCAGUCAAGCGAUCUCCUCCCAUUCCUCCAAAGAGGAUGACUCCUGUGACCAAAGACCACUCCGAUGACUCUUCGGCCAAUCAGCCUGAGCCUCCGUCCCCAGGCCCCACCUCCAUCCCAGUCCCAGCCCUUGCUUCUGCCCCGCCCCUUGCCCAAUCAGAUGACAGCAGAAACUCAAACUCCGAAGCGCUUUCUCCUCCUCCAACCCAUAUCCCGCCAACCCCUCAUCGCGCCCACCCACCCCCUGAGGUCCCCCACGUGGACCCGCCCAGCCCUACCACAGAGCCGCCCUCUCAGCUGCCCUUACCUCUGUACAUACGUAUCCAGAGAGCCUUGAACAGCCCAGGCCCAGUCCAGCCCAGUCCUGAAGAAUCCCAGCGAGCUCAUUCGCUUCUGUUUGAAUUACCACCGGACUUUCUCACUGAGGCCCCAGGAGGGGGGCGAAACUCUCUUCCUGUCACUAUUGAACCUCUGCGACUGCCUGAGGAUGAUGAUUUUGACAUUGAAGAAGAGCUGCAGAAGCUGCGGCCCGCCCCUCGGCCCGCACAACAGCCGGAGCUGGAGCCGCGCAGCCGUUGCGGUCUGGUUGGAGACCCGCGGGUCACUGUCAUUCCUGAGGAUGCGGGACAUGGAAACAGCGAUGAUGAGGACGAGGAGAGUGAUUCGGAUGGACCCAUCCAUUACAGAGAUGACGAUGAAGAAGAUGAUGAGGAUGUUCCCAUGAGUGGUCUUGCACUCCGUGUGAAGCGUAAGGACACUCUGGCAAUGAAGCUGGAGCGUCAGCAGGAGAAAGAGCGGUCUCAGGACCAGGAGAACAGCACCUGGAACAACAAAGAGCAGUGGGAAACUGUCCGCAAUCAGAUUGGCUCCACCCUCACAAGGAGGUUGAGUCAGAGACCCACCGCACAAGAGCUUGAACAGAGAAACAUCCUACAAGCCAAGAAUGAAGCAGACCGACGGGCAGAAAGGAGUGAAAUCAAGCGCAGACUGACCAGAAAGUUGUCACAGAGGCCCACGGUGGCCGAGCUGCAGGCCAGAAAGAUCCUGCGCUUUCAUGAAUAUGUGGAGAGCACUCACGCUCAAGACUACGACCGGCGCGCCGACAAACCCUGGACCAAACUCACACCUGCUGACAAGGCGGCCAUAAGAAAAGAGCUGAACGAGUAUAAGAGCUCAGAAAUGGAAGUUCAUGAGAACAGCAGGAUAUACACCAGGUUUCACCGGCCGUAAUCAGCAUCUCAGACGGAUGAAAGCUGCAGCUGAAAGCCUCCAUCUCACUCCAGCAUCUUGUUUCCCAUCAUCCUGUACUGACGAGUGCCCAGGCCGGCCACUCAGUGCUCUGGAGUGAAGAGGAGGAGGAAGUGAUGCGGGUGUGUGCAGGAUGCUGGUACUUGUUGAUUCAGACACUUGGGGAGCGGGUUUGGAGGGCCAGCGCUCCGUAGAGUUCCCAUGAUUCCCACGGCCAGAGUAUUUCAGGGAGAAGAGGACACGGGACUGCGUGGACUGGGCUGUUUUAAUUGUCUUUAUGGUGCACAUGUUUCUGAGAUCAAGAAUAGGCUUGUGUACAUAACAGUAAUACUUUUAUAGAAAUUAUGACACUGGUGAUUAAACUGUUUUGAGUGGUGAGCGAUUAUGAGAUACUGAGUGUGUGUAUGUGUGUGUGUGUGUGUGUGUGUGUGUGAGUGUGUGUGUGUGCGCGCGCACGCGUGUGCGUGCAUGUGUGUGUGUAAUGAUAUAUGCUGCCCACUUAUACCUUAACACUGGUGCAUGACUUUCUUUAGCCUGACCUUCGGGGAAUACAGAAGAAAGUCUGUUGACACAGAUGCAUUUAACACUGUUUCUCACGCUGAACACACACUUACUGAUAUGUGUGGAUCUGAAAGCACAUCUUUGACAUUCUCAGGACAUCGGCGCACAGUCUCACUUUCUCUUUAUGUGCAUUUUACUGUAAAUUACCAUAGUUUUACUUUUCACACAGAUAAAACACCUGCUUUAAAAUUGUUCUCCUCUUUUUAACAACAUAGCACUUCACUUUAGAUAUUUCAAGGCCAUAUUUUAACCCAAACAUCUUCUUUUUUUUUUUUUUUAAGCAUGGACAAAAUUAAGCCUGUAUACCAGUAAGAUUUUUAGCAUUGUGAAAUUAUUUUCAUUAUUUAAGCAUAGUUCCCCCCCCUAAAUUAUUCCUAUUAUAAUGUGUUGGAUGUUUUACUGUUGUCUUUUUCCGCUUCUUCUCAUGUGCAUUAUUAUCAAUGGUAAUUAUUGUUACUGUAAUAGAUU